GCUCAUGCAAAGGUCCAUCAACGACACUCAUCGCCGCAUGCACGCCCCCGACCCGCCCGCGCCGGAGGCUGCCACAGCCACCGCGCACCCGCCUGAGUCGCCGCCCAGCAGCAGCGCCUUGCCGCCCGCCGAGGAGGAUACUGCCGGCGGGUUUGAGAGGCUGCGGAUCCUCGUGGUCGAGGACGAGGACUUUGCGGCGCGGGUCGUGCAGGCGCUCUGCGAGAAGUGCUCCUACGAAGUCACGAUCGCACGCUCGGCCGAGGCCGCACUCGACUUCCUCGCCGCCGACGCCGCGCGGCCGGCGACAGAGCAGUUCAACCUGAUCCUGGUGGACAUCGUGAUGGCGCCGGGCCGGAUGUCGGGCAAGGAGCUGCUGCUCGCGCUGCGGGUCGAGCGGGUCGAGCGCUGCGUCGUGAUGAUGUCCGCCAUACACCAGCGCGCCAUGGUCGAGGAGUGCAUCCGGUCGGGCGCAGAGUCGUACCUCGUCAAGCCGAUCCGGCUCGAGGACGUGGCGCGGCUGUGGCAGGUUGUGAUGCGGCACCACUUCGCGGCGCUCUCGCGCCGGCAGGCGCGGCAGCAGGCGGAGAUGGAGCGGCUGCGCGCCGAGACGCUCGCUGAGCGCGAGAGGGUGCGGCGGGAGAGGCUCGAGCUGGAGCAAAAGGUGCUGCUCGCCGGGCAGCGCGAGCGGAUGCAGCAGCAGAUGAUGCGGAUGCUGCCCUCGCAGAUGCGGCAGUACUGGCAGCUCGCGCAGACAUGCAACGACCUCAUCCUCCACGCCUCGCGCCAGGGCGUGUUUCUCUACAUGUCGCAUAAGUGCAAGCGGCUGUUCGGCUACGCGCCGACCGAGCUCUCCUCCUCGCGCGACAAUCGGCGCCGGGCGAGGGAGGAGACCCCCCUCGUGGCCGAGGGCGAAAAGCUCCCCCUGCGGGUGCGCCCCAAGGACGGCGCGUUCGUGCCGCUCCGAUUCCCCAUGUACCCCGUCGCCGAGCCGGGCGAAGUCCGAUCCGUCAUCGGCGCGCUGCCGCGUCUGCACUCCCUGGCGGGCAAGAGCCGCCCGCGCGCGCCGCUCACCGACGAGUCCCAGUCGGAGGACGGAGAGGCGCCCGUCUCCCUCUCCUCGUCCCAGUCCGAGGCGUCCCUCUCCUCGAGCCACCCCGCCGAGUCGCCCUCGCCGCCGUCGCUUCCGGCGAGGAGCGAGUGGGCGGCCUCGCCCGCGCAGGGCGGGCCGCAGGCGGGGCCGGGGCAGGAGCAGAGGUCGGCGUCGCUCUCGCGGCUCCUCGCUGCAGCCUUCUCCACCAUCUCGGAGGAGCUCGGCGAGGAGGGGGCGGCGGCGGGCGGCGAGGGCGCCAACGGCGGGGAGGGCGUCAGCGGCGGGGAGGGGGCGGGCGGGGACGCGGGCGAAGGCGGCGGCAGCACGGCGGACGGCGGCGGCGAGGGCGGCGCGGAGGCGUUCGGCAAGGCGAAGCCGCCCUUCAGCCCGUCGCUGCCGAGGGGAGACGCGGCGCCGCGGCGAGCAGAGGAGGCGCCGCCCCAGGCUGGGCGCGUCCGUGACAGUGCGCCGCGUGUGGCGCCGGCGGCGCAGUUCCUCGACUUUGCGACGGUGGUGGACAGCGGUUCCGAGCCGUGGGCCGAGGGAGGGGACUUCCCUGCAGACCCAACCGAGGCGGCGCGGAUGGUAGCCGCGCGCGCGUUUGAGUCUGCCGAGGGGGCCGCCGCCGCCAUCGCCGCUGCCGCCUCCGCCGCCGCGGACGGCGGGGAGGGCGCUCGCGCCGCCGGCCGCGGCGGCGAAGGCGGCAGAGGCGAGGGCGGCGAGGGCGGCGAGGGCGGCGGUUUGGGGGCCGGCGCCGGCGGCGUCGCCGAGGGGGGGAGUGAGAGUGAGAGGCGGCUGGCGGCGCUGCGACAGGAGCUCGUGCUCAGCACCGAGGCGUCGCAUUUCACGCCGCUCGGCGCCGCCGUGUACCGCGUGCCAGCCGACCCGAGCGGCGUGCUCGCCGCGCUGCGGCUGCCGAGCACGCGCGUGGGCGAGGGUUCGCAGUGCGGCUGGCCGCCGCUGCACUUGGCGCUGCUGCGUGGCGAGUCGCACUUGCCGGCGCUGCAGCUGCUGCCCGCCGUGGUGCAGCUGCUGCUCGCUUCGCGCUGCGACGUCGUUAGCGGCCCUCCGCGCGUGCGGCACUGGUCGUCCGACGCGGCCGCCGGCCGCAUCUGCCGCAAGCUGCUCGACUGCCGCGCCGAUCCGUGCGCGCGUGCGCGUGACGGCUCGAUGCCGCACGCCGCGGCCGCCGUUGCCCGCAACAGCGCGACGGCGGCCCUGCUGAUGGCGGCGGCGCAGCAGCGCGCCAAGGAGGCGCUGGUGGCGUCGCCUUGGUCACAGCGGCUCGACAGUGAUGCGGCGGUCUUCAGCGAGCCGCAGCCGUACCGCGGGCGCGCCACGCGCCGCGGGGGCGGCGGCAAGAACCGCGCCGCCAAGGAGGCGGCAGCGGCGGCGGCGGCCGAGGAGGCGGCGGCAGUGGCGGCGGUGGGGAGAGGCGAGUGCACGACCGGGUCGACGGCGACAGUGGCGACGUCGCCGCCGCUCUCGACCUCCACCUCGUCGGUCGGGUUCGGCUCGGCCUCUUCACUGCCCGCUAAGAGCGACGACGCCGUGCCGCCGCCAGCGGCGCUGGCAGGGCUGGAGCAGGUGGCCGGUCUCACGGCGCUGGUGGACCGGCUGCCCGAGGCGGCGCAGCAAAAGGCGCUGGCGUGGUGCUCGGAGAACGAGGUGCAUGAGGUGGGCCUCAUCGCCGCCGCCGGUAUCGCGGACGCUUUCGUCGCCGCGCUGGGCAUCAAGCCCACAGGCGUGCCCGCGCUGCUCUUGCGGCAGCGGCUGAAGAGAGACUAGGAACGAUCUGCGGCCGAUGAGGCUGGCGGCCAACCAGGGACAGGAGGUCUCGCAGUUGAGGCGCGCCGGCGUUGGGCGGCGCGCCGCCGGACGGAGAGCCGCCCCGGCUCAGUCUGCCGAGUGCCGUGUUCCGCGAUAUAGGUCGUAUUGUGAAGUGAGUCA